GCAGGACCGGGCGAAGCCGGAGGUGAGCGGGGGGGUGUGCCGUGAACGCUGUCAGGGAGCUCGGCCGCCUCCGCCUCCUUCUCCGGUGAUCCCCGCGCCGCCGCGGCGGGCUCGCCCGGCCGGCUGAGAGCAUGUCAUUCCCUGUGGAUAUAUUGAACAAUUACAGUCAUGAGGACUUGGAGAACUCAGCAGAGGUCUACCUCUUUGACCUUCGGUGGGGGAAGCCAAACUGUCCUGAAAUCUUUUCUCUACCGGACCGCCGCAAGGUUCCUAUUAGCUUGACAUCUGUGGGCUUUGUUCCUCUCUAUGGUGAAGAGCAGACACACAAAGUCCUUGCCCUGUUUGCACCAUGGGACUCACUCACAGCUGUAGCCCUGUAUCUUGCUGACCAGUGGUGGUCAAUUGAUGACAUUGUGAAAACAUCUGUCCCUGCUAGACAGGGACUUCAUCAGGUGAAGUCUGUUGGAGAGAGAGUUGUUCUCUACGUUCUGAAUCGAAUUAUCUAUCGAACGCAGGAGAUGGAAAAGAAUGAGACCCCAUUCCUCUGCCAUGGUAGCAGCCAAUAUGCCAAGAUCAUGUGGAAAAAAGGAGAGGCUGUUGGGUUCUAUUCUGUUAAGCCUACAGGAAGUGUUUGUAGAUCUCUUCUUAGUCAGAAGUAUAAGUUGCCAGUGCUAGACACAAUGUUUGUCAGAAAGAAGCACCGUGGGAAGGACUCUGGGCUGAUCAUGUUGGAAGACUUUGUGGAUUCCUUUACUGAGGAGCCUCUUGGCCUGCGAUAUCCACUCUCAUCCUUCAUGUACACAGCUUGUAAGCAGUACCUUGAGAAGUAUCCUGGGCAUAAAAACCUUUUGUGGCAAGUGGAGGGAGGAGGAGAUUGGUUCCAGAGAAAGUCUAUUAUGUCUAUAGUGCAAAAGGAAAAUCUCAGAAUUGCAGCAGAGGCCUCAAGGAAGGAAAAUAAGAGUUUGCAAGCAGAGGACAAUUUUUGUCAAACUGACAUAUCUGAAGCAAGUGGACCAAGGACUGAGGAAGAAACACAGCUAAGUGCUGACUCUCAAAAAGGCAAAGAAUCAACAGAUGUCCACGCAAGCACAUCUGAAGACCCUAACGUCACUCAUGUUUCCAUCUGGACACGAAGCAGUCAUUUAAAACGUCAGAAGCUAAGCAAAUACAGACAGGAACCUGGCCUUGAAGCUUCCCAACGAGAUGAGGAAAAUGCUCUUCAAGUGUCCAAAAGCAGGCCAGAACUUCUUGCCCACACGUCUGAAAGCUCUGAAGACGUAGCAGAAGUGCCUAAGGUGGAUACUGUUGAGAAGGAUGAGGAAAUAAUUGUUGAAAAUGAUGGCCAGUCUGUGUCAGAAGGGGAAAUGCACGCAUCAUCCUCUGAGAAACAAAGCGAGACGGAGGAAAUGCCAUCAGAACCUCUUAAUGGUGAGGUAGCAGAAGAAACUGGCAAGGCCUCACUCAUGGCUGAAGGGGAGACAGUAAAUGAGGUUCCAGGUGGUGAAUCAAGAUUGCUGUCUGAGAAUCAAGGAAAAGAACCUGUAGCACUGUCUGUUCCAUUAACCCCUGACACUCCAGCAAAACCUCCAGAAGACACCGAAUCAGAAAAGGCUUUGAAUGAAAAUGAUUCAGAAAUGCUGACUGAAGAAGUCACCUCGGUGGAGAAGGAGGGCACCGAAGAACAGCAAGAACCUGAAAAGGCCAGCUCUGAAAAUGCACCUGCUUCAGCAUCAAAGGAAGAGCCUUCUGACAAUGGCCUGCCCAACUCUGUGGUAACUGAGGCAGCAGAGGAGCCUGUUUCUGAAAACUUACCUUCCUCAUUAGAAGAUCAAAAUGAGGAGGCAGGGCACAACUCGCAGGAGGCCCCCGCUGCCUUGAGUCAGAGCUCCUUGGCAAUGGUUGAACUUGAGGGUGUUCCUUUCCAGCAGCCCUCUGGGCAGGAGGCACAGAAGAACCAGCUGGAAGAGCCCCCCGAGGAGUCUGCAGAGCAGGCAGAUCACUACACGCAGGCAGUGGCAGAGAGGGCUGCUGACAGCAGCUCUGAGGAAGCAGAAAUUGAGGUGCCCAUUGUAGAUCGGAGAAACCUGCGGAGGAAGGCUAAAGGCUACAAAGGUCCGCCCAAGAAGAAAGGAAAGCCAGCUUAAAAAUCCAACAGUGAUAAUUUAUCUAUUUAUAACAAGGCUAUUUUGUGUAAAACAUUAGGUGUAACUGCACCAUAUGUGGCACAGGACACAAGUAUUUAAAAUUCUGGGUUGGAUUUCCUCUUGGGUUCAUCACCUUUCCUCAAGUUCUGUUUUUGUGGUGUUUUUUUUUUUUUUUUUUUUUUUUUUUUUUUUUUUGUAUUUAACCACUAAAAAUUGAACUUCUUUGUAGUAUGAAAGUACAUAGCUCCACCCUUCAUAAAAAACACUUGCUGAAUAAAUACAGUUGUGUUAUCAAAGAGAAUGGUUUGUAUAUUUGAGGUGGUAGUCAUGGAACAAAAAUAAAAUGUGAAAUUCUGGUUCUGUCAAGGUCCCUUAAAUUGCUAUAGACUUCUGUGUCACUGGACAUCACUUGAGAUAAUUUUUUUUUUUUAAAUAACUUUGUGUUCUCUACUGUGGGGAAAAGCAGAACAAGAAAAACCCUUCAUUGUUUCUUGUUCCCUUCCCACAUGCUUAAGAGACUAAAAGAAUGUAAAAUUCUUCAUUCUAAGUCUCAAAAUGUACAAGAAGGUGCAGCUCAGUAGAUCAGUGCAACGUGAGCAGCACUUGUCUUUCAUGAGAAUCACUUGAAACAGCUGAGUUGGUAGAAUGCAGAGCAGUGUCUGCCACAGUGCUGCCUGAUAAUGGAUUUCUUGAGCAAAGGUUAAGAGAUCCCUACGCAGUAAACUCUUUGUAGCUUCCAAAGCAAGCAUUUUGGCAAGCCCAGGUUUUCCCAGAGUGUAUGGAAUGAAGCCUCUGUAUGGAAUCAUUUGAACUGCCUUCCUAACUACUUGCAUGUACUGAGUGGGUACCUGAUUACUUGUUGCAUUACAGGAAAAGGAUGUGACAGCUCUCAAUCUUGUUUUGGUCUGAAUGGAAGUGGUUCUUUGUGUUUCCCAAAUACUUGGCUGGUGCUGUGGGGUUACUAUUAAGAUGUUGUGUCUUCCAGGUGUGUGACUCCUGUGAGCACUGACAUUUCAGGUGGUUGUGAUAUUUGUUAGUGUGAGUAUUAGUGGGUAUUUCAGCAAAUGCUUGUUUGCCAAACUUCUAUGCCUUUAGGAGUUAGGGGGUGAUAUACCUUGCAAAUACGUCUGAUUCCCACUUUUGUUUUCUAACUUGAGUGUAACUCCUGGGAUGAUAGCUUCCCUGUUGAUGACUUUUUUUAAGCAACCAAACUUUGCUGUAUGCAGACAGGAAUAAACCCAGAUUUUCAUGCUGAUUUCCCCUCUGAGGUUCUCUUGGCAAACCGUGUGUUUAACUUGUCACACAUACCUAAGUUAGCCUUAGUUUGCUGUGUGUUUUUUUCUUGUAAAUGCAGCUCCUUUUGUAAUGGGCUAAAAAUUCAGAAAUAAAAGAGCAACGAUUCUGAGAACAGGAAAUGGCUCCAUUUUUUGUCCUGUAUAUGCCUUUUCCAAGAUGUGUGAACUAGUCCUUCAGUGUCUCAAAAACAGAGGUACAAGGUUCACUUGAAUAGUUGCAAUGCUGUCUUAACUUUUAUCCCUUUAUGGAGGUAAUGUAAGAAUCUAGGUUUUGGAUUUUUAUGCUUAUACAGUUUAACUCUAUUUUUAAAAUAUUUUAACUAUAUAAGAUACAUUCAUACUAUUUUUUUCAGGUGAUGAAGUAUCAUGCUCCUUUUUAAUCUGUCAAGGGCAACUUGCAGAAAAAAUUAGGCAGUUUUAAAAAACUGUGUUACCUAAACUUUAGAUUCAGGGUGUGUGACAUUACUGAGUUAAAUCUGGGCUUCUUGAACAAUUGCAUGUAGCUGUACUAUCUUAACAAUGUACAUACAAAUACUUGUUAUGAACCCCAUGACUGAUAAAUAUUCAAGAUCUUUCCUGAUUGUGUGUAAACAUAUUCAAGUGAACCUUAGGCAUUUCUAAAACUCUUAAAGCUUUCUAAAUAAAGCACAUAAGACAAAAUUUUUGUUAUUUUCUGGAUGGCUUCUCUUUUACUGCUGAGAUUAAUUGUUUUAAAAAAAGAAGUGGCUAGAAAACACUUCUGUUGCAUUGAUAAGAAUUGGGGAUUUUUGAGGACUGAUGGCCUAAAGUAGAGUGGUUGUAUAGAGUAUACUGCAACUCAUCUUUAUUUUUAGGGCAGGAUUUACUGAAGAUUAAUCUCCUGAGUCCUUGAAUUGAUACAAACAUAUCCACUUGGAAACAAUUAAGUAUUCUUUUACUUAUAAGCCACAGUAAUUUCAGUUAUUCCAGGUGGAGUUUCAGUAUGUAUGUUUAUCACUUAUAUUCCCGGUGAGGCUGGAAAACUCCUCAUGAGAAGGUAAUUUCACUCAUCUGGCUUUUAAUUUUCAUGGCUAAGUUGGAAUGAUUUCAACUGGUAUCUUUCUUUUGAGAUAUUUGCAGAGUAAAUACAUAAGGAUUAUGAUACUAGGAUAGUUUUGGUUUCUACUGAGAACAAUAAAAUUCCUGAUCUCAUUUCAGUGAGUCAGUUUUAAAUAAUGAACUCAAAUUCACAUGUUAAAAGUAUACCCUUGAGUAGAUAUCUCUGUAAGUCUGGGGUGCCUGGGAUAAUAGCUGAUGAGCAGACUUCUACAAACAGAGGGUGGGCAGUUGUGGUGCAAUUAGCAAUUCCUAUAACCAGUACAGUCUUAAAAAGUGGACACCAAAGGACACGUUUUAUUUCUACAACAACUUCUUUGGCAUCAAUCUUUCUCCAGUAAAUGCAGAGUAGCAAAAUCAAAAUACUGACUUUAAAUAAUAAUUUCUAUUGCUGUACUGAUUGUCCCACAGGAACAGUAGUUCAAUACCUUAUAAAUUCUGUUACACUCAUGUAAGGGAAUGUGUCUGACAACUAUCUUGACUGGAGUGUUUUACCUUGGGGACUAUUAACAUCAAACUCUUAAACAAUUUUAAAGAUCCUAUUCCACCAGCAAUGAAUGAUUAAAACAUCAACUUUACACAAGUUUGUACCAAAUGUUAUUACAACAUGCUGUGGAACUAUGUGUGUACAGUGAAAGCAGGCAGUAUUAUUUUUGAGCUUUAUUUAGUCUAGGAAUAGAGUUUAAAGAACAUUACUUUGUGACUUCAGCCUUGCACUUACAUGGUAAAUGGUUUUGUACUUGAAUCCAAUAUUUGUUCAAAUGUCUGUCUUGUACUGCUUCUCCCAUAUUCUCUCUUGGUCAAUUUUAAUUUAAUGCAGAAUUCUUGUUUGCUGUUCUCCUGUUUCAUAGUCCUUCGCAUGAAAGUGUAUACAUCUUAUUUCAAAAGCCCCCUAACUUAUUUCAAAUUAUGUCCAACCUUACUGCUUUUUUGUACCAUUUCAUUUGUAAAUGUCAGUAAUUAAAUUGAUCAUUUACAAUGUCCUUGACGCUAUUAGCAAUGAAUUGGCCUAAGUUUCAGCUUCCUUGCUUCUAAGUGACUGUUCUAAAAUAUUACUAUGGGGAUACACUUUAAAUUUAUUUCCACAGAUAUGGUGUUAGAUGUUUUCUAAACUAGUGAUACCCUGUUUAUAAAUCUUAUGAAAGAUGUAUUGCUAUUGCAUAGUAUUGUACCUUAGUCUUGUUACUGUGUUUUUUUUGUUUUUUUUUUUUUUUUUUUUUUUUUUUUUUUUUAGUACUGUCUUGGCUGCUUUUGAAAUGUUUUGAAGUAGUAAUAAACUCUUAUUUUGUGAUUACUUUUUGCUUCGUUUUUAAUAUUUGAGUCCUCUCUGCUAUACAGGAAGCACAUUUUAAAGUGGUUCAAUUCACUGGAACUAUAAUUCUGCAACCUGUCUCUUCUACAAAGGAGUUUUUUAAAAAUCAGAAAUUAUUAAUUAAAAAAUCUUGUAUCGAUCAAAAUAAUUUUCUUUGGCUUAUGCAUCAGAGUAUU